UACCAGAUGGCAUAUACUCGAAAAACUAGUGAUCCAAUGACUAGGCAGAGAAUGAAAAAUCCCACAUUCCAAACUAACCUUCGAAUUAUACCAAUCAUCUAUCAUUUUCUAAGAUUUUUUUUUGUUCAACACCAUUUCCGAGUGCAAAAUUGAAUAAUGUAACAUUUCCACCAGCUUGUCACCAAUUGUACGGUAAAUAGCAGCUAUUAUAUGUUGUACCUUGAGUGUCAAUUUGCAGACAUGCAAAUCAGAUAAGGAUCUUCGAAAAUGUUAUAAAAUAACCAUGAUUUUUUUUCGAGUAACAAUCAGAAUGAUGAAUAUGCUCUGGAAAAGUGUACUCGUUUUGUUUGUUUUCUCUAUGCUUUGUUCUUUUGGUUCCUUUCAAUCUCAGCAGGGUCAGAGGAUGCAGCAACAAGAACAGAAUCAAAGAAUGCAACAGCAAGGGUUGGGGCUAGGACUUGGUCUGGGAUUGGAGCUAGGGUUAGGAAUGGGUGGUUGAAAAUGCAGUAACACAUUGAAUGUAUCUCGAAAAGUACGAAUAAAAACUGUGUGAUACUUCAAA